GCGGACCGGGGAAGCUCUGAGGACCGGGAGGCCGGGCGCGCUCCGCCCGCGGCGCCGCCCCCUCCAUAACUUUCCCAGUCUCCGGGGGAAGAGGCGGGGUGUGGGGUGCGGUUAAAAGGCGCCGCGGCGGGAGACAGGUGUUGCGGCCCCGCAGCGCCCGCGCGCUCCUCUCCCCGACUCGGAGCCCCUCGGCGGCGCCCGGCCCAGGACCCGCCUAGGAGCGCAGGAGCCCUAGCGCAGAGACCCCAACGCCGAGACCCCCGCCCCGGCCCCGCCGCGCGCUGCCUCCCGACGCAGAGCAAACCGCCCAGAGUAGAAGAUGGAUUGGGGCGCGCUGCAGACGAUCCUGGGGGGUGUGAACAAACACUCCACCAGCAUUGGAAAGAUCUGGCUCACUGUCCUCUUCAUUUUUCGCAUUAUGAUCCUCGUUGUGGCUGCAAAGGAGGUGUGGGGAGAUGAGCAGGCCGACUUUGUCUGCAACACCCUGCAGCCGGGCUGCAAGAAUGUGUGCUAUGAUCACUACUUCCCCAUCUCCCACAUCCGGCUGUGGGCCCUGCAGCUAAUCUUCGUGUCCACGCCAGCGCUCCUAGUGGCCAUGCACGUGGCCUACCGGAGACAUGAGAAGAAGAGGAAAUUCAUCAAGGGGGAGAUAAAGAGUGAAUUUAAGGACAUCGAGGAGAUCAAAACCCAGAAGGUCCGCAUCGAAGGCUCCCUGUGGUGGACCUACACAAGCAGCAUCUUCUUCCGGGUCAUCUUCGAAGCUGCCUUCAUGUACGUCUUCUAUGUCAUGUACGACGGCUUCUCCAUGCAGCGGCUGGUGAAGUGCAACGCCUGGCCUUGUCCCAACACUGUGGACUGCUUUGUGUCCCGGCCCACGGAGAAGACUGUCUUCACAGUGUUCAUGAUUGCAGUGUCUGGAAUUUGCAUCCUGCUGAAUGUCACUGAAUUGUGUUAUUUGCUAAUUAGAUAUUGUUCUGGGAGGUCAAAAAAGCCAGUUUAACGCAUUGCCCAGUUGUUAGAUUAAGAAAUAGGCAGCAUGAGAGGGAUGAGGCAACCUGUGCUCAGCUGUCAAGGCUCAGUCACCAGCAUUUCCCAACACAAAGAUUCUGAUCUUAAACGCAACCAUUUGAAACCCCUGUAGGCCUCACAUGAAACUCCAGAUGCCACAAUGGAGCUCUGCUCCCCUAAAGCCUCAAAACAAAGGCCUAAUUCUAUGCCUGUCUUAAUUUUCUUUCACUUAAGUUAGUUCCACUGAGACCCCAGGCCGUUAGGGGUUAUUGGUGUAAGGUACUUUCAUAUUUUAAAUAGAGGAUAUCAGCAUUUGUUUCCUUCUCUUGAGGACAAGAGAAAAAGGCCAGGUUCCACAGAGGACAUAGAGAAGGUUUGGGUGUCCUCCUGGGGUUCUUUUUGCCAACUUUCCCCACAUUAAAGGUGAACAUUGGUUCUUUUAUUUGCUUUGGAAGUUUUAAUCUCUAACAGUGGACAAAGUUACCAGUGCCUUAAACUCUGUUACACUUUUUGUAAGUGAAAACUUUAUAGUAUGAUAGAUUAUUUUGAUGUAAAGAUGUUCUGGAUACCAUUAUAUGUUCCCCCUGUUUCAGAGGCUCAGAUUGUGAUAUGUAAAUGGUAUGUCAUUCGCUACUAUGAUUUAAUUUGAAAUAUGGUCUUUUGGUUAUGAAUACUUUGCAGUGCAGCUGAGAGGCUGUCUGUUGUAUUCAUUGUGGUCAUAGCACCUAACAACAUUGUAGCCUCAAUCGAGUGAGACAGACUAGAAGUUCCUAGUGAUGGCUUAUAAUAGCAAAUGGCCUCGUGUCAAAUAUUUAGAUGUAAUUUUGUGUAAGAAAUACAGACUGGAUGUACCACCAACUACUACCUGUAAUGACAGGCCUGUCCAACACAUCUCCCUUUUCCAUGAGUGUGGUAGCCAGCAUCGGAAGGAAUGCUGAUUUAAAGAGGUCGCCUGGGAAUUUUAUUGACACAGUACCAUUUAAUGGGGAGGACAAAAUGGGGCAGGGGAGGGAGAAGUUUCUGUUGUUAAAAACAGAUUUGGAAAGACUGGACUCUAAAUUCUGUUGAUUAAAGAUGAGCUUUAUCUACUUCAAAAGUUUGUCUGCUUACCCCUUCAGCCUCCAAUUUUUUAAGUGAAAAUAUGACUAAUAACGUGGAAAGAAUAGAAGCUAAGGUUUAGAUAAAUAUUGAGAUCUGUAGGAAGAUUGAACCUGAAUAUUGCCAUUAUGCUUGACACGGUUUCCAAAAAAUGGUACUCCACAUACUUCAGUGAGAGUAUUUUCCUGUUGUCAAGAAUAGCAUUGUAAAAGCAUUUUGUAAUAAUAAAGAAUAGCUUUAAUGAUAUGCUUAUAACUAAAAUAAUUUUGUAAUGUAUCAAAUACAUUUAAAACAUUAAAAUAUAAUCUCUAUAAUAA